AUGGCGCGCGCUGCAGUAAUUCCCCAGUCCCCCGCAACGAGGGGGACGCGCACCGGGCCCAGAGCAGCCCCAACGAAGGCUGCCACCUCUAAUGCGAGAGUAACAGCGAACGCGAAAACAAGAGUCACCAAGAAGACGGCCAUAACUGCCCCCAACACAGCACACAUUUCCGAUUCGGACACAGACGAUGAGCUCGCGUUAUUUACUGCCCCACAACAUGAUGAUAAGCCUGUGAAGUCUCGCGGACGCCCAGCCAGUCGCGCAGCACCCAAAUCCACAACCAAGGUCACGGGCCGUGGCAGAAAAACAAACGCACAGUCUCCCCAGGAAUCGAAUGCUGAAACGGAGGAAACUGGAGCUGAGCUGCUCCAGCAGUCUGAAGCACCAAAGAAACGCGCGGGGAGGCCGAGAAAAAAAACACCACCGGCUGAGGCCGUGAACACCACUUCCGAGACGGCACCCAAGACGAGAGGCCGACCCAAGGCGGCUACGACAGCUAAGGCUUCUCAAUUUAGCGGAACCACUGCAGUGGCCACUCGCAAGAAGACGCGCACAGCUACAGAGGCCGAGGAAGCUGCCGAAAACGCAAAACCCAAGCAGAUCGUGGUUGCCACCAACUCUACCACGAUGCGAUCAAAUAUGCUGCGCGGACCGGCAAAGAAGAAGACAGUCACAUUUCAGGAUGUCUCGGACUCGGAGUCGGAUGAAUCGAGUGCACCUGCUGUUCCUGCAGCGGGACGGAGAAGGGCAGCAACUAAGGGUGCCAAUGGCCUGGGCGCAACGCCCGUUCGCAAGCCUGCCACGGCAGGUGGCCGGGGCCGAAAGCCUGCUGCAACGAAAAAGGACGCAGCUCAGCCACUAUCACCCAAAAAGGCCAAGCAAAUGGCCAAGUCGCUAUCAGCUUAUGCUAGUUCUGAUGGCGAAGAAGAUGAGCUAAGCGCUGCUAAAGACGAUCUCAAGAGAGAUGUCAAGCUAGUGGUCCAUUCACCUGUCAAGCAUGGGUCAGACAACCCGGGAUUGAGCUCCCCAGUACGAAGGGUCAACUUCACGCCCAAGAAAGCAUCCAGUUUGAUAGAUGAGAACGGCGAACCGAAACUCCCGACCCCCAAACAUGGAUCAGAAACCACCGGCCUGAGCUCUCCAGUGAGGAAAAUCAAUUUCACACCCAAUUGCAGCCAACAUGCCGCUGCCGACAAUGAUCACCUCGCUCUUCCGCCGGGAAAAUCCAUUGACUUCAGUGACUCUCUUUUCAUGUCCAGUCCCGCCCGUCGCCCGGCACCUUCAUCGCCCUUCCAAUUCAGCCUCAGAGAUACCCCGAAUCGCGGCGGGUCAAUGUUCCGUGAAGACUCGAACCCCAUUCCAGCACCUAAUUUCACACCCGGACGCUCGUCCCCGCUCAAGUCGUCUCCCAAAAAGGGCCACUUGGGUGCUUCUUUCUCGCAAUCUCCAUUCAAGACGUCGACCCCUUCCAUCCCAAACAAAACCUCUUUUAUUCAGAGUCCAGCCAAGAAAAUGCCGUCUCCCUUCAAAAGCUCGAUCUUCUCCAACCCAGCCCCCGUGACCGAGUCAACACCGUCGGUUCACAAUGAGACGCCCUGUUCAAUCCAUGAGCAUGAACAAAACAAUCAGGGGUCCUUGCUUAACGGCGAAGAUGUUGAAGAGACAGCUGUGGACACGGACCUGGAGAUGGUUGAAGAAGUGGCCCGCGAUAUCUUCGGUAUUGAGUUACAGUCCGAUCCCAAGCCUUCCUCAGAAUCACCGCACCACAAAGAUAUCCAGGACCUGGAAGAAGCGCCCGAGCCUCAAUUAACCGUGGAUUUCUAUGAUGAAAUUCCCCAGCUGGAUGAUGAAAAGGGCUCAUUGCCCGAAGAAGAGACUGAUGAGGAGACCGAAGACCCACAGGAGCAAGCCCACUUCGAGUUGGAGGACCAAGAAACACUAUGUUUUGACGGCAUGGAGGAGUUUCAGGGUCUAUCGGAUCACUUCCAUCAACAAGUUUUGGAUUUAAACACUGCUGUGGCACAGGCGGAGCCUAUUGAUGAAACGGCCACUGCUAGUGAACAACCCGACAUUGAAGAACUUGCGCCUCCAGGAUCUGACAUUAUUUUGAACUCCACCGAGGAGGCGGAUUCAGCCCAAACGCCAGAGCCUGAAAAACAGGAAAACGCGAUAGAGAUACAGCCUCUCGCAGAUCCCGUGUCGCCGGUCGAGUCCACCGUUGAGCUUUCUGAUGUUGAAGAAACCGAAGGAACAACCAUCGUGCGUCAGCUUUCAGAAGGAGAUGCUCAAGAGGAAGAUUUGCAGGGAGACCAGGACGAUCAUGUUUACAUCGAUGACUUGGCUCAAAACCCUGAUGAAGAGCAGCAGGGUGUAUUGAGCGAGAAGAGUGAGGCGGAAGAUGAUGAGCCAACUCUUGUGACAUCCGAGACCACAAUCAACGUCAUUCCUCAGUCCGUUUCGCCGGACGAAAUCAGCGAGGGGGAAGAUUUUACAAGCCCGCUCCGGAGGAUGCAGGCUGUCCCUCCUCCAGUACCGACUCCACCUACCGAGGGAACGACUCCUUCGUCUCCUCAUCAUGAGGAGGAUACCGCUACCGAUCACGAAGUGCUUCAGGAUGAGGAACCCAUCGAUUUCACCGUUGAUAUGAAUAUGGACGAGCAAAGUAGUCCUUCAAAAACCGCGGAGACUGAGGUGUCCACCCCAGCAGCACAUAGCAUUUCCCACACACCCAGCACAACAGGCCAACGGAACCCCAUUUUCGAUGUUGACCUGGGCUUUACUCCAUUGGUACACAAGUUUGGCCGCUGGGAGCCAAACACCCCAUCUGAAGCUCGGCCAGCACGACCACGUCGUCGGGGUGUGUUCUCGCUGGUUGGGCCUCUGGAGCGCGCCACUAAAGAAAGCACUCCCGAGUCGGCCCCUGUUUCUUAUCCCGACUUGUCUCGACACUCUUUGGCCAACACACCAUCUCUCUUCGCUGAACUGCCACUUCCACCCCAGAGCGACGAUACUUGCAUGAUCUCCGAGUACGAUCAGGCCCCUGAAUCUCCUGCAGUUCACGAGGACUCCGAAAUGCCCGAUUCACCCAGCAAAACCAGUGAUAUUUUCGAAGAUCCCGACUGUGGUGCAAUUGCAGUGGAUGUCGACCAAACGACAGCCCACGAAGAUGUCUCUGUUGCAGACCCAUCCGAAGCCUUGCAACAGCACUCAUACCCGGAUGAAGAUAAGGAGAACUGCGAUAUCCCCGUCCUGCUCCCGGCUACUCCAGUCAAGUCUGUUCCCGAAGAUCUACGGACUGUUCACACGGUAUUCAAAGUUCCAUUGAAAGCGGAAGGGGACGUGUCUCCUCUGAAGCUGCCCCGCAAGCGAGGCCUUUCCCUCUCCGGCGCCUCUCCCACCCGUUCUUCCCCACGGGUGCGCAAGUCCAUCUUUCUUCCCGGCAAUGAUGCGCCACCGGCUCUCUCCCCUCCUUGGAAAUCACCACGAGUGGAGAGAAGUCCGAGCCCAAAGCGUCGUAACAGCACUGCGAGACGUAGUAGUGGCCAAGCGUCGAAUAUGGGGACACCUAGGGCCCAUUCUACUGCCGGUAGUCCUGCCAAGACUCCUCGUCGAGAUUUGGGAGGUGGUCCGCCGGUUUUGCGUGGCGCCGUUGUACAUGUGGAUGUUCAUACUACCGAAGGAGAGGACGCAUCCGGCAUCUUUGUUGAGCUCCUGCAGCAGAUGGGUGCUCGAUGUGUUAAAGGCUGGUCCUGGAACCCCCGUUCCAGUUUGUCGCCUGUUGAUGGGGCGGAGCCGAAGGAGGCCAAAGUGGGUAUAACCCAUGUCGUCUAUAAAGAUGGAGGUCUGCGAACCUUGGAGAAGGUCAAGCACGCAGCGGGUCUUGUCAAGUGUGUUGGCGUGGGCUGGGUUCUUGACUGCGAAAGAGAAUCCCAGUGGCUCGAUGAAACCCCAUACGAGGUCGACAGCUCUAUCAUCCCACGAGGUGGUGCCAAGCGCCGCAAGAGCAUGGAGCCGCGUGCUUUGAGCAAUGUCAAUGGCACUCUUGUGCGUGUCCCAGAGCCUUCCACGCCCUCUGCCAGUAGACGUCGUUCUGGCGCCGACAGAGGCGCCGUGGAGGGUUUCCGCAAAAUCACACCCCCAACACCUCAGCCUGAAGGGCCGUCUACACCCACACGGCAAUCAUCCACUACCAACAACUCCUAUUUCCCUGCUACCCCGGGCUACAACUUUGCGAACCUCGAUGCCAUUGGCAUGUCCCCCGCUACUCCAUUCUUCCUCUCAAACCGUUCCCGGUUGAUUCAACAAUCCUGCCCACCCAAGCAGAGCGGCCAAGGUCUGUUCCCAGGAGCUAGGUCGAGUUGUAGUUUGGAUAACGAGAACGAUGAUGAUGAUGCGCAACGUCAGCGUCGGUUCCGCUCGGAGGCUGCGCGGCGAAAGAGUCAUGCUUUUAAGCCUACUGUAGCGAGCCGGCUUGCGCGCUAA